AUGAUAUUUAUUUAAAAUUGUAUUGAAAAUGCUGUUCAUUAAUAAAGAUUAAAUCUAUAAUCUAUGAUUGUGGGUGUAUUUUAAUUAUAUGACAAAGCCACUCAGCAUCUUGUAGAAAAAGCAUUGAAAUUAUACUAUAAGAGAUAUAUAAAAAGGAAAUAUCUAAGAUUUACUCAUGAUGAUAAGUACGAUAUUCAAAAAGGUAAUAAUGUCAGAACCUUAUCCAAGAUGGUUAAAUGAAUCUUAUGGGGCACUGAAAUUAAGCAUAGAUACUAAUUUUAUUAUUUAUUUGAUUCCAAAUAUUUCAACAAUCAAUCAGUAAUCUUAAAUUAAUAUAAAAAAUUCAUAAAUUAGUUAUUAAUGUAUAUAAAUAUAUAUAAAUUAGAUCUUAAAUGA